UCUAUAUAUACUUAGCACAUAGAUUAAUAGAUAUUCAUUCAUUGAUCUAGCCAAAGUUGGGUGACAAUGGAUUCUCAUAAACUCCUCCUUUCUUGUUUUUUGCUAUUUUCCUACUUCAUUUGUGUUGCUCAUGGGAUUGAUACCAUUAGCACCCACCACAAAAACGUCAUGUGUAUUGAGAAAGAGAGAGAAGCUUUGUUGAAAUUCAAAGAGGGUAUUCAAGUCGAUCGUUGUGGGCUGCUGUCUUCUUGGGGGAUUAAUGAUGACAACAACAGAAAUUGUUGUCAAUGGCGUGGCAUCCGUUGUAGCAACCAAACUGGCCACAUAAUCAAGCUUGACCUUCAUGGGGUUGAUAUUUUUUAUUUAGAGGAUCAUUGUUUGCAAGGUAAAGUGAGUUCUUCCCUUGUUGAUUUGAAGCAUUUGAGUUACUUGGAUCUCAGCUUUAACUAUUUCGACCAACCCAUCCCUAGUUUUCUUGGUUCCCUUCUGAGUUUGAAAUACCUUAACCUAUCCAGUGCUGGAUUCAGUGGAGAAAUUCCACACCAGCUCGGAAAUCUAUCCUCCUUGAUUUCUCUUGAUCUUAAAAAUUUCUUUCAAAUAGAUAGCAUCGACGACCUUAUUGUCAAAAACUUGUCUUGGCUCUCACAUCUAAAAUUGUUAAGAUACAUCGACAUGAGUGGUAUCGAUCUUGAAAGAGCCAUAGACUGGCUAAGAAUCGUGAACGACCUCCCAUUCUUAAGAGUUCUUCAGUUGGAGUACUGUAACCUUCCCUCUAGAGUUCCAUGGCCACUUUCAUACAAAAACUCCACUACCACUCUUUCAUAUCUUAGUCUUGCUGGAAAUGAUUUGAAUGAUUUAUCAAUAUUCCAAUGGCUUUUUAAUUUGAGUGGAAUGGACACUCACCUUGCACAUGUUGAUCUCAGUCACAAUCAACUUGAGGGUCCUUUUCCAAGCGCAUUUGGGAAGAUGCAUAAUCUUUCAUAUCUAAAUCUCUCUGGUAAUCAACUAGAAGGUCGCCUUCCUGAAGCACUUGGAAAUAUGCAUAAUCUUUCAUAUCUAGAUCUCUCUGGUAAUCAACUAGAAGAUCCCCUUCCUGAAGCACUUGGAAAUAUGCAUGCUCUUUCGCAUCUAGACCUUUCCAACAAUAAAUUGCAAGGUUCAAUUCCAGACACAAUUUCAAACAUACAAUCACUCCAAUAUCUCGACCUCUCAUUAAAUAAGCUCUCACAGUUUCCUAAAAUAGGCAAUCUGUGUAGCUUACAAGUACUCCACUUGGAAAAAGCCAACAUCACCGAUGAGCUUCCCAACAUAAUCCAAACACUAACAGGAUGCGCAAACAAGUCCUUACUGGAUUUAUGUCUAAGUGAUAAUCAAAUCUGGGGUCCAAUUCCAGACACGAUUGGCACAUUUUCAUUAUUACAAGUGUUGCGUCUUGAUCAUAACUAUUUGAAUGGAACCAUCGGUCGUCGUUUGGGGCAACUAUCAAUGCUCGAGACCUUGGAUCUUUCUUCCAACUCUCUACAUGGUACUCUCUGUAGCAGCCAUUUCUCAAACCUGUCAAGAUCAUCGGUGUUAGACCUUUCAAAUAAUCCAGCACUGGUGCUCGAUAUUGAAGAUGAUUGGGUUCCUCCAUUCCAGCUGGAUACUAUAUCAUUAAGUUCUUGCAGAUUGGGACCAAUCUUUCCAAACUGGCUUGUGAGCCAAAAUACUUAUUCCCAUCUUGAUAUUUCUGCUGCUGGAAUUUCAGACAGCAUUCCGGAUUUUUUUACAUUGCCUUCAAAGCUCACUUAUCUUAGUAUGUCUAAUAAUAUGAUGUAUGGAACACUUCCAUAUUUUGAUGUACCAACCACAGAUUCUAUGCUUACCAUAGAUAUGAGUUUUAACAAUUUUGAAGGUGCAAUACCACCAUUUCCAGUAAACCUUACCUCAUUAUACUUGAAUAACAACAGGUUUUCCGACCCCGUCCUCUUAUUGUGUCCUAGAGGUGAAGUACGGCUAUCCAAUCUUGAUCUCUCAAAUAAUUUGUUGUUCGGGAAACUUCCAGAUUGUUGGAUGAAUUUCGAACAAUUAUCCAUUCUCCAUUUAGAGAAUAAUAACUUUUCUGGUGGUAUACCACCUUCCAUUAGUUAUUUGGAGCGAUUGGAGUCGUUGCACUUGCGCAACAAUAGUUUUUCGGGAGAACUUCCAAGAUCAUUAGAGGAUUUCACAUCCCUAGUUUUUCUUGAUCUUGCUCAUAAUUCAUUUACUGGACGUAUAUUGCCAGGUAUUGGUACUAAUCACGAAAGUCUCAGUUUUCUAAGCCUUGGAAACAAUAAUUUUGUUGGAGAAAUACCUUUGAGCCUUUGUCAAUUGCCCUUUCUUCAAAUCUUGGAUCUCGCUGUCAAUGAAAUUUCUGGAACCAUUCCAAAUUGCAUUGGUAAUCUUACAGCAAUGCAAAGUACAACAGAUAUGCUUCCACAAUUGCAAUAUAAUGGCAUUGGCUCUAAUUACGUGAUCGCUAUUGCAUACACUGAUGCUGCGACGAUUAUGUGGAAACAAACGGAAAGGAGCUUUGGGAAGUUUAUAGGACUAGUCAAGCUUAUUGAUCUUUCAAACAAUAAGUUGGAAGGAGAAAUUCCCAGAGAAAUUUCAGCUCUGCAUGGUCUCGUCUCCUUAAACUUAUCAAGAAACAGUUUGGUUGGAAGCAUCACACCGGAAAUUGGACAAUUGACAGCUUUAGAAGUUCUUGGUUUGUCAAACAACCACCUCUCUGGUGAAAUCCCUGCAAGCAUCACUGCUUUGAGUUCUCUCAGCAACUUGGAUUUGUCAAACAACCACUUCUUUGGAGAAAUUCCGAAGGGCACUCAACUUCAAGGUUUCAAUGCUUCAGUAUAUGCUGGAAAUCCUCAACUUUGUGGAGCUCCUCUCUCGAAUUGCUCUUGGGAUCAACCACACCACAACUCGACGAGGGGUGAUAAUACUACUCCCCACGAUGACACUGAUGAUGACAAGAUGUUUAUUGUGGGGUUGUACGUAAGUGUGGUGCUCGGAUUUAUCAUAGGAUUUUGGGGAGUUUAUGGAACAUUGGUGGUCAAAAGAUCUUGGAGACGUGCCUUUUUUCAGUUCUUUGAUGACAUGAAAGAUAGGCUCUAUGUCAUGGUUUCAUCCACAGGCUGAGGUUCAGUGCUAGAGGAAUCGACUUAUCUAGUACCAGUUUGAGAUGCUCUUAGCAUUGCUAGGAAGUUUCAAUGAACUGAGGGUCUGGAUGGAGGAAAGCCCUCCGGAUGUUAGUCGACAUAUCCUUACUGAAUUCAUCUUAAUAAAAUCUAUCCUGUUUUUCUGUUACCAAAAAAAGAAAAAGGUUCAACUCACCUUAGCUUGCUAAAGAAUGUAAUGUAUCUGUAAUGUAAUAUAAUCGAUGUGAUUCUUACAAUAUUUUGCAAUCAA